CAACAAAUAGCACCUUGAGAUAACACAAACCCCUUUACUCAUCUCGAAAUAUACAGACACCGUGGCUGCAUAAAGGCACCUAGCUACUCAAUUCAUAAACUUCCUGCGCAAAAGCAUUCCGACCUCAUUUCACCAUCUCUCCUCUGUCCAGAGACUCAUCCUUCUCCAUCAUGUCUUUCCUUCUAUCUCCUGCCCGACGUGCGGGCAGCGCCACUCCUGCCUUUGCGCAGCGAGCAUUCUCGACAACACGAUCCUCACAACUGGCGCGCAUGACUCUUGUUGGCCGGAUAGGCACCGACCCCGAGUUGAUCGACACCGGGAAGGCCCAAGUCAUUAGAUAUGUGGUCGGAACGAGCUCUGGGCCAAAGGACAACAGACAAACAUCAUGGUUCCGCAUCUCAAGCUUUGCGCCGGAGGGUCCCGCAAGAGACUACAUCAUGGGUUUAAGCAAAGGAACACUUGUCUAUCUCGAAGGCGAUGCGACGAUGCGUACCUAUAACGAUGCUGAUGGCAAGAAACAAAGCGCACUGAACCUCGUGCAGACGAAGGUGGAUGUGCUCAAGCGACCAUAUCCCAAGGAAGGAGAAAGUGACGAUGGCCCAACCGGUGUUUGAUUCAUCGGAGAGGGCAGGCUCUCGUCAAGGACAUCCAAUAAUGUACAAAAAUUUCCUUGCUAGGCAGGAUGUGGACAUAUGGUGUUUGAUGGAUGUGUGAGGGAUGGCUUCCUAUAUACUUCGCCACUCAUGAUGUUGCUUUCCCGUGGAGCAGAAACAACAAAGUCAUCUUCUGCUGUAUGCAUAAUAUCUCCCAUACCUUCCUGUAUACCUACAAUGUCGUUGACAAUAUUUGGUCUCUGCAUGAACAGUCGU